AGGGGCCAUGUCCACUCCGGCCAGGAGGAGGCUCAUGAGGGACUUCAAGAGAUUACAGGAAGAUCCUCCUGUUGGCGUCAGUGGUGCACCAUCUGAGAAUAAUAUUAUGGUCUGGAAUGCAGUUAUUUUUGGACCUGAAGGAACUCCAUUUGAGGAUGGAACGUUUAAACUUGUUAUAGAAUUUUCAGAAGAAUAUCCAAAUAAACCUCCAACAGUUAGAUUUGUAUCCAAAAUGUUUCAUCCAAAUGUUUAUGCUGAUGGAAGCAUAUGUUUAGAUAUCCUUCAGAACCGCUGGAGCCCAACAUACGACGUUUCAUCAAUUUUGACGUCCAUUCAGUCUCUUCUCGAUGAACCAAAUCCUAAUAGCCCUGCGAACAGUCAAGCCGCACAACUUUAUCAGGAAAACAAACGCGAAUAUGAAAAAAGAGUGUCUGCUAUUGUUGAGCAAAGCUGGAACGAUUCCUAAUAGUCUGUGCAUCACCUUUUUUGAGUACAAUACAACUUCAUAAGAGACAGAAAUGGAGGUUACUACAAAUGCCACAAGUUUAAAGGUCUUAAAUACGCUGAUGGCAGACAGAAUUCUUCCAGUUUCCUCCAUUGUUGUUUAUGUUUGGAAACUGAUAAAAGCUUGUGUAUCGCUAGUGUAUUUUUUACUGCAUGUUGUGCAUGGUUUAAAAAUAAGUUAUUGCUACAUUUGUAUUAUAUCCGGUUUGUAUUUUUUCUCCUCUUUAUUGUAUCACAUUGGCAUGGAGUUUCCAUGAAAAUACACAUUU